UCUUGGUUGAGUCAAUUACUCAUUACCCUUAAACCCUAGCUAAGGAGCGAAGUGAUACCUGCGGACCUGCUGCAACCACAUCGAAGCUUGGCUGUCUCGUCUUCGUCUUCGUCUUCAAUGGCAACAAUACCAGUUAACCCCAAGCCCUUUUUGAACAACUUGACUGGAAAGACGGUUAUUGUGAAACUCAAGUGGGGAAUGGAAUACAAAGGUUUUCUUGCCUCGGUAGAUUCAUACAUGAAUUUACAGUUAGGAAAUGCUGAAGAAUAUGUCGAUGGGCAAUUAACUGGAAAUCUAGGAGAGAUUUUGAUCAGAUGCAACAAUGUUCUUUAUCUUCGUGGGGUCCCAGAAGAUGAGGAGAUAGAAGAUGCUGCCGAGGACUAGUAAGUGCACUUUGGCAACUGUUCAGUUGAAGUGUCAUAUCGAACAUUAGCAUGCUCUUAAAUAGUUUGUUCCCCUAAUACUGCUAUAUUAUGGUUUAGGUAGGAGCUCUAUGACCUUGCAUGUACUACUAAGUACUAACUACCCAUGUUGCUGAGGCCCUGCAAAGAAAGCAAAAUCAAUUGAAUAUUAUCUUUGAUUGACUACAAUCUCAACUGUUAUUUCGAGUUAGUGCAUCUUUAUUUGAACCCCUGUUGGGCUAGGACUUAAGGCAGAGCAAACAUUAAACAGAGUAAUUGAGACAGCGUAAAAUAUUCUUUUUAAAGUAAUUUAAUGUUCAUGCUUAUUUCAAAAA